AUGUCAUCCCCCAACCCCGUCGAUGCCCCGCAACAUGUCCUACAGCUCCUCUCCGAACUUCACAAAAAAUCCCUAGAACAAGAAGCUACAAUUUCCAAGAAUGGCAAGUUCAUUUCUACGGCUGUUCUCGGCAAGGGCCCUGCCGCCAACCCGCAAGCCGAAUUGGACCAACUCAUGCUCGACAAGUUCAUCGCGCUGGACGAAAACAAAUGCCAAUUUACCUAUCAGCUGAUCAACUCCAUGGGCGCUACCAAUAUCAUCGAAGCAGGCACCAGCUUUGGGGUUAGCACUAUCUACCUUGCUCUGGCUGUCGCAAAGACCACCGCGGCGACAGGCAAGUCUGGCACUGUCAUCGCGACGGAGAAGGAGAAAUCAAAGGCAGAUAUUGCGCGGGGCUACUGGCAUCAGUGCGGUGAAAUUGUGGAGAAACAGAUCGAUCUGAGAGAAGGUGAUCUGCUUGAGACCCUGAAGGAAGGGCUGCCGGAGAUUGAUCUUCUCCUUCUUGAUAUCUGGACUCCACUAGCACUUCCUACCCUCAAAACCGUCCUCCCUCGCCUUCGACACGGUGCAGUGGUUCUUACUGAUAAUACGAUCUCCGGCGCUCAGGGCUACGCGGAUCUGCUGUCCUUCUUGAGAUCACCUGAGAAUGGCUUCCGCAAUAUGACGUUGCCUUUCACUAAUGGGUUUGAGAUGAGUGUUUACCUGCCGCAGGGAAAGUGA